CUGUGUUCAUCUUGAUCAAUAAGAGCUUCUGACUUCUUUCCUUCUUUUCUAUUUCAUACAGAGACAAAAUGAUCAGGACACAUUUCUUCCUGUUUUCCGCACUGAUCAUGUGGAGCAUACCUGCUGAGGAAAUCUUUCAGCCAACUCUAGUGCUGGACAUGGCUAAAGUCCUUCUGGAUAACUACUGCUAUCCUGAAAACCUAGUGGGAAUGCAAGAAGCCAUUGAACAAGCAAUCAAGAGUGGGGAGAUCCUGGACAUCUCAGAUCCAAAAAUGCUGGCCAGUGUCUUGACAGCUGGAGUGCAGGGUGCUCUGAAUGAUCCAAGACUGGUGAUUUCCUAUGAGCCAUCACUACAUGCAGAUCCGAAACAAGAAGCUGAGGCUUCCCCCACUCGUGAACAACUCCUGAGUCUUAUUGAGCAUGUGGUCAUGUAUGACAAGCUGGAGGGCAAUGUUGGCUACCUGAGGAUUGAUUAUAUCAUAGGACAGGAAGUUGUGCAGAAAGUUGGAGCUUUUCUGGUGGACAAGGUGUGGAAGACGCUGAUAGAGACAUCUGCCCUGGUGAUAGAUCUUCGUCACAGCACUGGGGGACAGAUUUCUGGCCUCCCCUUCAUCAUCUCAUACUUGCAUGAAGCAGACAAGAUGCUGCAUGUUGAGACUGUAUACAAUCGGCCCUCGAACACCACCACAGAGAUAUGGACACUGCCAAAGGUGUUGGGAGAGAGGUACAGCAAAGACAAGGAUGUCAUUGUUUUGAUCAGCCACCACACCACAGGAGUGGCUGAAGAUGUGGCCUACAUCCUCAAGCACAUGAACAGGGCUAUCACUGUCGGGGAGAAGACAGCUGGGGGCUCACUGGACAUCCAGAAGCUGCGUAUUGGCCCCUCCAAUUUCUAUAUGAUGGUUCCCGUGUCACGAUCUGUGAGCCCCUUGAGUGGGGGUGGACAGAGCUGGGAGGUGAGUGGGGUGAUGCCAUGUGUGGCUACUGAGGCAGAGCAAGCCUUGCAGAAAUCCUUGGACAUCCUGGCAGUGCGCAGAGCAGUGCCUGGCACCCUAAGCCACCUCACAAACAUAUUAAAAGACUAUUACAGCUUAGUGGAGCGGGUGCCAGCACUUCUGCGGCAUCUCGUCACCUCUGACUUCUCUUCUGUGCAGUCAGCAGAGGACCUGGCCACCAAGCUCAACACUGACAUGCAGACCUUAUCUGAAGACCCCCGCCUGUUGGUCCGAGUCAUGAUGCCAGGUGAAGCUGCUGCCCCCGCUGCUGAGAAGCCAAUUGCAGUUGCAGCCAACUUACCUGACAAUGAGCAACUGCUGCAUGCCUUGGUGGAUACUGUCUUCAAGGUGUCAGUGUUGCCAGGCAAUGUUGGCUACAUGCGCUUUGAUGAGUUUGCAGAUGCCUCUGUGCUUGCUAAGCUGGGACCUUACAUUGUCCACAAAGUGUGGGAGCCCCUCCAAAAUACAGAGAACUUGAUCAUGGACCUGCGUUACAACCCUGGGGGCCCUUCCUCCUCUGCUGUGCCUGUGCUACUUUCCUACUUCCAAGAUCCUGCUGCUGGCCCUGUCCAUCUCUUCACAACCUAUGACAGGCGCACCAACCACACACAGGAGCACAACAGCCAGGCAGAACUGCUAGGCCAGCCCUAUGGGGCUCAGCGUGGCAUCUACCUGCUCACCAGCCACCACACUGCUACAGCUGCUGAGGAGUUUGCUUACCUCAUGCAGUCCCUGGGCCGUGCCACACUGAUUGGUGAGAUCACAGCAGGAAGCCUCUCACACACCCGUACCUUCCCUCUGCUGCAGCCUGAGCAGGGAAUAACCCGUGGCCUAACUAUCACAGUUCCUGUUAUCACCUUCAUUGACAACCAUGGGGAAAGCUGGAUGGGCGGAGGAGUUGUGCCUGAUGCCAUAGUGUUGGCUGAGGAUGCACUGGAGAAGGCUGAAGAGGUGCUAGCUUUCCACAAGAACAUGGGAGUACUUUUGGAGGGUACCGGGCAACUCCUAGAGGCUCACUAUGCCAUCCCAGAAGUGGCUGGUAAGGCCAGUGCUAUGCUCAGCACCAAACGGGCCCAAGGAGGUUAUCGAUCAGCUGUAGACUUUGAGACAUUGGCUUCCCAGCUUACCAGUGACUUGCAGGAGGCCUCAGGAGACCAUCGGCUUCAUGUCUUCCACAGCCAUGUGGAACCAACACCAGAAGAACAGCUUCCCAACAAGAUUCCCAGCCCUGAGGAGCUGAGCUACAUCAUUGAGGCACUCUUCAAAAUUGAGGUAUUGCCAGGCAACCUGGGCUACCUUCGCUUUGAUAUGAUGGCUGAGGCAGAAACAGUGAAGACCAUUGGGCCCCAGCUGGUGCAGAUGGUAUGGAACAAAUUGGUGGACACGGAUGCCAUGAUUAUUGACAUGAGGUACAACACAGGUGGGUACUCCACUGCCAUUCCAAUACUUUGUUCCUACUUCUUUGAGCCUGAGCCUCGGCAACACCUCUACACUAUCUUUGAUCGUAGUACUUCCCGCAGCACAGAGGUGUGGACUCUCCCCCAAGUGACUGGCAAGAGAUACGGCUCCCUCAAGGACAUCUAUAUCCUAACAAGCCACAUGAGUGGCUCAGCAGCUGAAGCUUUUACUCGCUCUAUGAAGGAUCUACACCGGGCCACAGUUAUCGGUGAGCCCACAAUAGGUGGUUCCCUCUCAGUGGGCAUUUAUCGUGUUGGUAACAGUUCCCUAUAUGCGUCCAUCCCCAGCCAAGUAGUGCUCAGCCCAGUCACUGGCAAAGUAUGGAGUGUGUCUGGGGUGGAGCCACACAUCACCAUCCAGGCCAGUGAAGCCAUGGCUGUAGCUCAGCACAUUGCCAACCUGCGUGCCCAGGUGCCACAGACACUGCAAACUGUAGGCAAGCUUGUGGCAGAUAAUUAUGCCUUUGUGGACAUUGGGACUGUUAUAGCAUCCAACCUCACCAAGAACAUCAAUAAAGGCAGUUAUAAAAGGAUUAAUACAGAAGAGGAGCUGGCCAGGAAGGUGACUGCCAACUUGCAAGCUCUUUCUGAUGAUGAGCACCUGAAAUUACUCUACAUCCCUGAACACGCCAAGGACAGCAUCCCAGGGAUCAUGCCAAAACAGAUCCCUUCCCCAGAAGUAUUUGAAGAUCUGAUUAAAUUUUCAUUCCACACAAAUGUAUUUGAAAACAACAUCGGCUAUCUGAGAUUCGAUAUGUUUGGAGACUGUGAACUUCUAACCCAGGUGUCUGACCUACUGGUAGAGCAUGUUUGGAAGAAAAUUGUUCACACAGAUGCAUUAAUCAUAGACAUGAGGUACAAUAUUGGAGGUUCCACCACUUCCAUAGCAAUCCUAUGCUCAUACUUCUUUGAUGAAGGACACCAAAUUCUCUUGGACAAAGUUUACGACAGACCCAGUGACUCAGUAAAGGAAAUAUGGACCCAGCCACAGCUCAAAGGGGAGAGGUAUGGCUCUCAGAAGGGGCUAAUAAUCCUCAGCAGUGCUGUGACAGCUGGAGCUGCGGAAGAGUUUGUAUACAUAAUGAAGAGACUGGGCAGAGCUCUCAUCAUAGGGGAACAGACCAGUGGUGGCUGCCAUUCCCCACAGACAUAUCAAGUAAAUGAUACCAACUUCUACAUCAUCAUCCCCACCUCCAGAUCAGUCACCUCUGCAGAAAGCACUUCUUGGGAAGGGAAAGGGGUACCUCCUCACAUGGAAGCACCAGCUGAAACAGCACUCAUCAAAGCGAAGGAGCUGCUCAGUGCUCACUUGCACAGCUCUAGAUAG